UUGGCAGCAGCACACACUUGUCUGACCAGCUGGGAGGAAGGAAGGAACUAAAAGAAAAGGGUAACAGGCCCCAUACUACAAAAAUAAGACUCUGCACGUGUGUUGAUAUAUCUUCCAAAGCAAAAGGGAUGGCGUUGAUUUCUUUCGGGAUCCUAUUUAGCCUCGUCUGGUGUAACUGCGGUCUACCAGCGCCCACCUUGACCAUCCAUCCCAAGAAACCGCUGGUGGAGCGUGGAGGAUCCAUCCAGUUGAAUUGCUCCAUGGACUGUCCCGGAGGGAAGGUCCAGUGGGAGGGCCUGGACAUCGAAUUGGGCAACAUCAUCUCCAACCACACGUACAGCAUCCUGACGGUCACCAACGCCACCAUCAACAUGGAAGGCAUGAAGUUUUGCACGGGGCAAUGCAAAAAGAGGCCCUACCAGAACAAAGCGGCUUUGCAAGUAUACUCCUUCCCAGAUACUUUGCAACUGGAAUCCCAGCCGCAAAUUCUAACAGCCGGACAGCCAGCCCGCCUCUUCUGUUCCAUCAGCCACGUUUAUCCCCCCGGAGCCCUUACACUGAGCUGGUUUCGAGGAGCUGAGAAGCUGGAUGCUGCUCUGGAGGAGGAGGAGGAAAUGGAAGAUUCCCAAGAGCAGCUCUUUUUGUAUCGCUCCAUUCUCGAAGUCCCAACAACUGAGGAAGGCACGGCCUACAGAUGCAGGGCAACUCUGGAGGUCGAGGAGAAGACGUUCUCCAGAGAGAAGGUAGCAAACGUUACCCUCCAAGCUACUCAGGGAGCACCCAUCAUGACGGAGCAGACCACCUUGACCCUUGAGACUGUAAGAACAAGCCACCUGGCUCCUUCAGUGCCAUCCACCACCACUGAUAGGAUCUCAUUUGUGGCAGCCACCAGUGGUCUUCCCACUCUCCGUUUCACCAAGCCCCAUACCACAGUGGCACCUACAGUUUUGUCAAAAGCUAUCCCCUCACUGGAAUCUGUGUCCAAAACCAACAGCCCUGGCUUGAAGAUGGUGAACAGAACUGUCUCGCACAUAACAACUCCCGUUGCGGAGACGUGGAGAAGAUCCUCAGAGCCUGAGGCUCGGGUCAACUCCACCUUGACUCUGCUACAUGUGACAGCAGCUCCAGCUGAGCUUGGGGUUAGCUUGACAGACCAAGAGUUUACCAUCAGUCCUGCUUCCACUGACAACAGUCCUCUGCUCACAGUUGCUACAGAAAAGCUCCAUAUGUUCACUACCCCUGAAGAAGAUCUCUGCCAUCCAGUGAUCAAACUCAUCCCUCCCCAAGGUACCACAGGUGGAGCGCUCCGCAUCUCUUGCCACGUGACAGAGUGCAGAGACAGCAUCGAAAUCAAGUGGGUGGAAACUCCAGUGUCACAAGCCCAGUACAAGCUGGAAGAAGCUGAGGGACAGUCCACUUUGAUGGUUGAGAGCGUUGGCCUGGAACACCAGGGGCUCUAUCAAUGCAUUGCAAGGACCAGCCAGCCCCGGAUGGCAAGUGUCCGUGUUGUUGUGUCUGAAGAUAAAUUCAGUACUGACGCCCUCAUUGCCAUCGGAACUGCAGGGUCUCUCUUGGGAUUGGUUAUCACCGGCUACGUGUCCCGUCGGCUUUGGAGACAGCGAGGCGGCUAUAAAUGCGCAGCUCCAUCGCUAUCGAUGCUCUUUGGCACUCUCUCUGGCCAUCCAUGAAGUUUUGCUGGGACGAAUGACAUUGAAAGGAAAGCAGCUUUGAAGAAGACACAAACGCUGCACCAGGAGGGUCUGGGGUGCUGAGUUUUUCGUUGCUCCCCUCUGGAUUGUGCAUUUGGAAAAUGACAAGUCCAGUAUACUCCUUCUCCAGAGGAGGCACUUUAAUGACCCCUUGAUGGGCAUCAAACAUCCCAAGUGGGCUCAGCCUACCAGCUGGUUGCCCUCUCUGAUGUUUUCAUUUCAGAAAAGACUGCAGCAGUCAUGAUCCUAAACUUACUUUGGAGUCAGUCACACUGAACUCAGUGGAACUUUUCAAAAUACGUUUCAGCAGACCAGGUUAGGGCUGCAAAAGGUGGGCAGGUUUAUGGUUUUGAAUUUUGUAUAGGUACAGUCUGACUGCCAAGACUAGAAUGUAUGCUCUUCUAGUUCUAUUUUUUAAACCAUGAGCCUUUCAAAAUUGCAAACUGGCCAAGUAGGAACUAAACCUGAGACUUUUAUUCAUGUCAUGUGCGGAUUUUAUCGGCACAUGUUGCACCAGAAGCAACAGAGUCUAAAUGAGAAACAGUGCUUUCUAGGCACAUUGAUGGAAGGCAGGUCCAUUCAUCUGCUUUAUGGUAGCCAAGUUUAGAAUGUCCAUUUCUCUGUCUGGUAUCAUUAUGGAGAACAACUAGCCACCCUAUCUGCUUUUCCAUGUCUGUCUUUUGGAAACCAGGGGUGGGAAUUUCGGGUCCCUCCAGAUGUUUUUGGGCUGUACUUCCCAGCAGCCAUAGCAAGUGCAGCCAAUGGGAGGAACGCUGGAUCUUGCAGUCCAAAAACACGUGAAGGGCUGAAUCACUCCUACACCUGUAGUUCGAUAUGUUCAAAUCAACUGCUUGUAUUUAUAUAAGGCAUUUCGGUUGUACAGAUUUGGGGGGUUUUCUGUAUGGAGAUUGUAACUGAUGCCAUUAAACGUCAUCCUCCCUCC